AAAAACAUAACCUUUUAGAUAAGGUACAUAUUCAUAUCGAUGUCGUUAAAACACUUAUAUGGUAUAAUAUAAACAUAUAAUUAGAACACUUUUUAUUAAUUUGUGGAUAAGUUAUUGGUGCAGGAUGGCGGGUAAAACUCCAACAAUAUUAUAUGGAUUUUGGCUAUCGUCAUGCACUUGGCGAGUCCGUGCUGCCUUACAUCUAAAGAAAAUUCCUUAUGAGGAGCGCUCUGUAGACAUUGUGCAGAAACAAGCACACUUAUCAGAACAAUUUCGAGCCAUCCACCCGUCUCAAAAGGUCCCUGCAUUGAUUAUUGAUGGUGCUACUAUCGUGGAGUCAAUGGCUAUAAUUAAUUAUCUGGAAGACACUCGACCUACACCAACUUUGACACCGCCUACUCCGUUAUUGAAGGCCCGCAUGCAAGAAAUUUGCGAGACCGUGGUUUCCGGCAUUCAACCGCUGCAAAAUAUUGGUUUAAAGAGUUAUUUUGAUUCGGAAGAUAAAUAUAAAGCGUUUACUAAACACUGGACGAAACGCGGACUUCAAAGCCUCGAAAAGCUUCUCCAAAAUUCUGCGGGUAGCUUUUGUAUUGGCGACCAUCUAACGAAAGCUGAUUUGUGCCUAGUACCACAAGUCUUUAAUGCUGUCACCAGACACGAGUUGGAACUCGGCGAAUAUCCGAUACUUUCUAAAUUAUAUGAAAAACUAUUAAAAGAAGAAACUUUCGAGGAAACGCGCCCUAACAAAGUCAGGAGCCGAAAAUAAAUACCUAUGUACUUACUUGGCUUUAAUAAACUUUUUGAUUGGA